GGCGGAGUUAAGCCACACUGUGGCCUUAGAAUACAAUAGAAGGGCAUACUUGUAUUUUCCUUUGUCUAAACCCUUUCCCACCUCGCCGAUUUGCGGUCACUCCUUCUAGGGUUACUAUUGCCCCCAAUUUCUGAAUCAAAAUCUUUGAAUUCUACCGAUCUCCAUUCGAGCACCUAGCAGAUUAGGUUAAGAAAGAUGAUUAGAGCUGUUGCUGGUAAGGGAUGGAAUGGUGCUGUAAGAGAGCUUCAAGGUUCAUGUGCACCUAUCACACCACUUCUGUUGCAACAUUAUUCAACCGCUUCGAAAACCGUAUACACUGGCUCAGAAAUUCUCAACUAUAUGGGAGGGUUAGAUGGUGAGAAAAAGCAAUUGAUCCACAAGCUGGUCAAUUUUCGCAUGAAACAGGGUAAAAAGACGAGAGUUCGCGCGAUAUUUCAUGAGACGCUUCAUCGCUUGGCGCGCACUGAUCGCGAUGGAAUCGAACUUAUAUCUGAUGCUUUGGAGAAUGUGAAACCGGUAUGUGAAGUAGCGAAAGUGAGAAUUGCGGGUAAUAUUUAUGAUGUUCCUGGGGUUGUGGAUAGGGAUCGGCAACAAACCCUAGCUGUUCGUUGGAUUCUUGAUGAAGCUAUUAAGUCCAAAAAGAAAUCUAAAAACAGCUCGAGAUUGGAGGAAUGUUUGUUUGCUCAGAUUAUGGAUGCUUACAGGAAACGGGGAGAUGUGCGUAAGAAAAGGGAGGACCUUCAUAGACUUGCUUCCACCAACAGGAGUUAUGCUCAUUUCAGAUGGUGGUAAAAUCAGCCACAAAAGAGCUACUUUCCAUUCAAUCUAAUUAUCCAGUUCUACUACAUUAGGAUUGGUGAAGAAGAUUGACGAUGCUGGAAAAUCCAUAGGCGAAAAUAAGUGAAGCAUUCACCACAUCUGGUUACUAUUUCUUUAGUCUCGAAUGUGGACUUGAAUGAAGCAUUUGACUCCUUUUACAUGUUUCAUGCAUACUUGAACUUCAUCCUGCUAUGGUGUAUUGUUCUGUUUUUGUCUGCAACUUUAAUAUCUAUUUCAACGACACAUUUUAAUCAUGACUUUUUUUUAUA